AGGGAGAUUCUAAAAGGGUAACGGUUACGCUCCCAGUGAGGCUUUUCGGAUGGGGACAUUUGUUUGUUUUCUGACAAAACAGUUCAAAUGAAUUAAUUGAUUCUGAUAAGAACAAAGAGAAAUUAGCCAUAUUGUUGUGCUGAAAAGAGUGUAAUUAAUCCAAAAUGAGUGAUACACAGCUUAGCAUACAAUUGCGAGAUAACUCAUCUUUUGAUAUUCUGAUAGAUAUAACAGCACAUAAUUCCUUUACUAAUUCUGGGUCUUAACUAACUAAUUAUUCCAAAAGCCUGGAUCUGUUGCAGGCACUGUGGAUCAAUCUAGCAUGUCCAUGACACCCCUUCCCUCGCCACACCCCCCUUCCUUCCUCUGUGGCUUUCCAACGGCUUUCACAUUUUCUUUUCUCUUUUUUUAUCCUUUCUUUCUUUUUUUUUUGGGAGGGGAGGGGUGGAGGUUAAUUCAACGUCUUGUUAAAAAGCUAAUGUAAGUUGAUUUUGCAUGUGUUUCUAUGUGUCAUAGCUGUGCUUCUAAGCUCAAUUAAUACUCCCAGCUCACCACUGAUAAACCGUUCUGUGCACUGUUGUUUGCUUUCCUAGAAAGGCUAAAGCUAAAGUACAAGAGUGACAAGUAAAGUAAAGUUGUCCAUGUGUGAUAUCCUUUUAUUUUGUCUUAAAACCAUGUACUGCGAGCCACCUGUGCUAAGCUCUUUUUCCCUUUUCUCUCUCUCUUUCUGAAGAUUUUGUAUCAAAGUCUAGUUUUCAUGAACCUCUAUUCUGUCCCUAGAAUAUGGAAUGAUCGGAGAACAUACAGUAAAAAGUCAGCGGCCAAGAUCAGUACAUGACACAAAGGGCCUACAGGAGCGAGAUGAAUCUGCUAAAUUUAUGGCACAAACUGGUGACCCUGGUGCUGAGGAGUGGUCCCAGUGGAGCUCUUGCUCAGUUACAUGCGGUCAAGGGUCGCAGGUGCGAACAAGAACAUGUGUCUCACCAUACGGAUCACACUGCAGCGGCCCUUUAAGAGAAUCCAGGGUGUGCAAUAACACUGCCCCCUGCCCAGUGCACGGUGUGUGGGAAGAGUGGUCUCCAUGGAGCCUCUGCUCUUUCACCUGUGGGCGGGGUCAUCGCACCCGCACUAGGGCGUGCGCUCCACCCCAGCACGGAGGAAGAGCGUGUGAGGGACCCGAGACCCAGAGCAAACUCUGCAACAUUGCCCUCUGCCCAGUGGAUGGGCAGUGGCAGGAGUGGAGUGCAUGGAGUGAUUGCUCGGUGACCUGUGCCAACGGAACACAACAGCGAAAGAGGCAGUGCUCAGCGGCUGCUCAUGGUGGAUCUGAGUGCAGAGGACACUGGGCGGAGAGCAGAGAAUGCUCCAACCCUGAAUGCACAGGUACGACUCAGGAUCCUUCUAAAUCUCAUUAACUCAAAACAAAAUCAAGGUGUAUAUUUUUCUUUCAGUAUUUUUUAAGGGAUUUUCUCUCUUGAAAAUCCAAAGAGGAGAAAAAUAAAUACCUUUUAGCAGUAGGAACGUUUUAAUAACCCCAUGAAUCAUUUGAUAAACAUGUUUAUUAUAGAGCACUGCAGUGAAUACAUAUUUUUGUAGGCUAUAUGGUAAGUUAGCAUUAACCUGGUCCCCUUCGAUACUACACUUGUACUGCGUCUGCUAAGACGCUAUGGGAAAAAGCUUUUUUUCACCUGAACUGAAGCCUUUUUUCAAUCAUGCAGUGAAACUGCAAAUAAAAAUCAAACCAAUGGCUUGGCAGUGGAGCUGCACGAGCCUAUGGUGACAAAGCCCCCCAAAGCCGGUCAGAAUGGGGAAGGCAUUUGGCUAUAUAAGUGGGCGUUCCCCACAGGAUUCUCAGAUUUCUUCUCCUUUAGAGACAACUAUGCUCAAUGCUGAUUCGAAGCCUGCUCGCCAUUGACACACCUUUGCAGCUGGAAUUGGGACCUCUCAGCAUGGCUGACCUGCUUUCUCGCUGCUUCAGGGACGCAGCAGUUCUGGUCCUUUUCCCCUGCCGCCAUCUGGCAAUUCUAAAAGAGCUUACUAAAAGAUCAAACUGGCAUUGUUGCAAAUGGCGGGUCAUUACUGCGUAUACCCUGCACUCCGAUGACGGCCACAAUGAUUGAGUUUCCUGCUUGGGGAGAUCGUACAUGGAAGCUGUGCUUUCGGGAACUGAAUGUUCUCACUGUGAGAACUUCAGUCCCACCUCUCUUCGCUCACAGAUCACUUUCUUUUCAGAGAGCGACUCCACUCCUCGCACCCUCCUGUUUUCGGGGGAGAGGACUCGAGUGUCUGGCUGUGAGUGAGCUCACAUCGGCUCAGAUCCCAUGUGCCUUGCCCUCCCCCCAGAGAGGGUCUGAUCAGCAUCCCUCUGCCAGUGUGCGAACGACCUGGUCUCAUUUAGGGGAAGUGAGCAAAAGCUGCUUGAUAAAAGCUUGUCAUUAACAGCCUUGGAUGCGGCGUAGCUGUUGGGCUCGAUGACCGACCCUACCCCCUUGCCAUUGUCCUUGCCCAUCGCCGUUUAAGACAGGAUGGAUGAUGAACUUAACUGUAUCGUCUCAAAAGCGGGUUCAAAGAGCUAGGUUGGGGUGGUCUCUCCCAGAGGAGCCCUCUUGCAGUCAUCUGGAUGAAUGGAACCUGCUGGGGUGCCGCCAGGCCCCUAGUCAGCGUUUCUCUCCAUUCUUCCAGAAGAUCCAUGACGAACUCACCAGAUCGUGGCACGCUCCCUACUCCGCCCACCUCCAUGUUUCAUCGGCCCUCACUUCUAUUGACGACACUGAAGAGAAGAGGUACGAUAAGCUGCCUCACUUGGAUGAGUCUAUGGCCGUGCAUCUCUGCCUGCCCAUGGCUAUUGGCUGGAGAACAAAUGCCACUCACCCAUCCAAGCUGUGGACCACUUCAGAUCUCACUGGAUGCACCUACAUUUCAGCUAGACAAGUGGCUUCGGCGCUUCAUUUAAUGGUGGUCCUCCUGGUCUUUCAGGACAAGAUCCUCACAUCCUCAAAUGAAUCUGGCCUAUACCCCGCGAUCCUCCGGGAGCUGAGGAGCGCAAACUGACUUGGUUCUGUGCACCACAAACAACAAAGCUCAGGCGAUUGGUAGAUCGAUGGCCAGCCUAAAAUCCUCUUCCUUAAUGCUCCAAUGUCUCCCAAUGUCUCCCAAGGAUCUCUUCGGACCGGCAGUCGAAGGAUUCACCGAGCGCUUCACGGAGGCACAGAAAUCGUAUAACAGCCCUGGUCCCCUGUAAGAGCUCUCGCUGGAUGGAACAGGGUGUUACCAUGCAAUUGGUUUGCAGAAGGACAGUUGUCAUGACAGAUUCCUCCAGCACAGGUUGGGGAGCACUGUGCGAAGGCAAACCGACUUUUGGCCACUGGUCGAAGACAGAGAAAAGCUUCCACGUAAACUGCCUGGAAAUGUGUCCUAAAAGGACACCACAUGUCAGUGGUGUCCUACAUAAAUCACCAAGGAGGCCUCUCCUUGAAACAUCUUUUCAUUCUGGUACAGCACCUCCUGGAAUGGGCUCAACUCAACCUGCGCUUGUUGAAAGCGGCGCAUAUAAGGGACAAAUGUAAUCAAUAAGCAGACAUGUUAUCAAUGAAAAACUAGAUAGUAAAGUUUG